GCACGUGGCGGAACGGAACCGAACCGAGCCGGGGUGAGAAAAAAAAAACACAAGCGGCACCGAUCCGAGCCGAACCAGAUCGAGAAAAAAAAAACAACAACACCAGACCGGGCCGGGUCGAAUGAAACCUAGUCGAACCCAACCCAGCUAAGUCGGACCGAGCCGAACCGUACCUAUCCAACCCGAACCUGCUUAAAAAAAAGAAUCGAACCCGAACCAGGCCGAGACAAGUGAAUCCAAGCCGAGCCAAGCCGAACGGGACCGAAAAAUAAUCGAACAGAGUGGGACUCAACUAAGCGGAAGCUUCACGUUCACGUGGACCCGGAGCAGAGCUCCAACCAAUCCAACCGCCUCCGACCCAACACCUGCCGCCGAUCCUUGCGGCGAGUCGCGGCCUCGCACACAGGACCUCCGGACCCCGACACCACCGUGAUCCCGAGGCCCCCGCUCCCCCGUGCCCCGACUCCGCCGUCGUCAUGAUGCCACAGGGGCAACCCGGUGGCCCCCAGUGGCCGGAGGCGGCCGCGCAGGCCGGGGGCCCCGUGUCUCCGUUCUCGCUCAUGGAGGAGCUGGGCAGUCUGACCCCCCUGGUGAAGGAGGGCCUGCGACUCGCCAUCCAGAGCAAGCGCGCCGCGCAGGGUCUAGGGCCCGCGGACACCGGGGCUGGGCCAUCGCUGGGGCCUACCGUGGGCUCCGUGGAGAGGCCUCGACCCUACCCGACCCGCGCGCCGGUCUCGGCUGAGGAGGAGGAACGGAGGCAGCGGCGACGGGAGAGGAAUAAGAUGGCUGCGGCAAAGUGUCGCAACAAGAAGCGAGAACGGACGGAAUGCCUCCAGCGGGAGUCGGAGCAGCUGGAGGCACUGAACACAGAGUUGCGCUCACAGAUGGAGGCGCUGCGGCGGGAGCGGCAGCAGCUCGUCUUCCUACUGAACCUGCACCGGCCCACGUGCAUCGUGCGCGCGCGUCACGGCGGGCACACGCCCGAAGAGGAACGGGCGCUUCUCCUGCAUGCGCUCGCCGACAAGUGACAUGUGCCAAUGGCGGGUGGGGGUGACACGACGACACGUGGGGACACGUGUGGACACAAACUGGGACUCAUGGAGACGCGUCGGGAGCCUGAGACACGUGAGGACACGUGGAGGACCUGGAACUCGUGAGGACACGAGAGGAGCUGGGACUCGUGGAGACACAUGGGGGCCCUGAGACACGUGGAGGACCUGGAACUCGUGAGGACACGUGGAGGAUCUGGGACUCAUGUAGACACGAGAGGAACUCAGACUCGUGUAGACACGUGAGGGACCUGAGACACGUGGAGACACGAGAGGAACUCGGACUCAUGGAGACACGUGAGGGACCUGAGACACGUGGAGGACCUGGAACUCGUGAGGACAUUUGAGGAGCAGGGACUCGUGUAGACACGUGGGGGACCUGAGACACGUGGAGACACGAGAGGAACUCGGACUCAUGGAGACACGUGGGGGCCCUGAGACACGUGGAGGAUCUGGGACUCGUGAGGACAUUUGAGGAGCUGGGACUCGUGUAGACACGUGGGGGACCUGAGACACGUGGAGACACGAGAGGAACUCGGACUCAUGGAGACACGUGAGGGACCUGAGACACGUGGAGGACCUGGAACUCGUGAGGACAUUUGAGGAGCUGGGACUCGUGUAGACACGUUGGGGACCUGAGACACGUGGAGACACGAGAGGAACUCGGACUCAUGGAGACACGUGGGGGCCCUGAGACACGUGGAGGAUCUGGGACUCGUGAGGACAUUUGAGGAGCUGGGACUCGUGUAGACACGUGGGGGACUUGAGACACGUGGAGGACCUGGAACUGGUGAAGACACGAGAGGAACUCGGACUCGUGUAGACACGUGAAGGACCUGAGACACGUGGGGGACCUGACACCAGAGGACCUGAGACACUUGGAGACACGCCGAGGGGGACACAUUGAAACCUGAUGCAAGUGGAGAACGGUGUGGAGGCCUAGAACAUAGGAAUCGAGAUGUAAAUACCCAUGAGGCAGGCGGGACACAUGGGCACCUAUUGAGAGGGCUGUGUGGAGUACGGAUGUUAGAGAGCAUGCCUACAUCAUGCACAGAAACCCGCGGUGAUGGCCGUCGCCACCCGCCGAGCUAAAUUACUAAACGGUGGAUACUGGGGCCAGUUCAGGCCAUGGCGAGGAGACGCCCAUCCUAAAAGAGUGAGCAAAGGGCCUGCAGUCUGGCACAUACUUUGACCAUGACCCGUGGCGAGAGAGACAAAUGACCGAGAGGCUGCGGGCAGGUUUUGGGAAGCUCACGUUUAUUUAAGGAGAUUUUUUUUCAAACCGUCCAUGACCCGACUCUGAAUGAAAGCCAGCGAGAGGUCCUAGCGCAUAACUGGGCACCGCGGUGCUUACCACUCGCGUGGGGUCACCACGGCGAGGGGACCCAUUCCGCGUCUAUUUAUUCCAUUGUGUGUGUAGUGUUUUUCUAUUCCAUAGUCUGUAUGCGCUUCAAUGUUUGUAUGCCUCAUCUGCAAGUGCUGUCAUCGUCUCCAUGCAUUUGAGCGUUUGAAUUCCACAAUGGAUAUUCGCUUAAAGUCUAUUCCAAAUAAUGUGUGGAGUGUUUUUUUUUCACACUAUCCUUAUGCUGUUG